AUGAGGAAAUCCAGCGCUGGAGAGCUUGCUAGAACAGAAAUGACUACAAAGGGAAAGGCUUGCUCUGUAUGUCAAAGGAAUGGCCGUUUAACAUGCAGAAGGACCAGGCUAGGUGAGCCGUGCUUGAAGACAUACCCUCUACAGUACGAGGAUCUGCUCAAGAGAGCUCGGGUGUCAUUCCAAGCCAAGCGGAGCAUCAAGGAGAACUUCAGGCUAGCCCAGCUAGAGGCCGUGGUGCGAAUGUUGGAGGAACAUGAGUGUGACUUUGUAGACGCUCUCGGGAGGGAUCUUCACAAGCCACGAUUUGAGACUAUCGUGUCAGAGUUGAUUCCGGUUAAAAACGAGGCUCUGCAUGCGAUAGGCAACUUCAAGAAGUGGAUGCAGCCGCAGCAUGUGGAAAGAAACCUGUCCGCCACUUUGGAUGAGUGUCUGGUAGUAAACGAGCCCCUGGGUGUUGUGUUGAUUGUGGGGACCUGGUGCAGUCCUGUCCAAAUGUGCCUGGUGGCACUGGUAGGGGCCAUUGCAGCAGGAAACUGUGCCAUCAUCAGUCCUUCUGUGAGCACUGCUUACACGGCAGCGCUUCUUCAUCGACUCAUCCCCUCCUAUUUGGACAAUGAAUGCUUCCAUGUAAUUCUUGCAGGCAUCAAUGACCUAGCAGAUAUUGUGGAACUUAAAUUUGAUCAUGUAUUCUUUUCUGGAACCCGAGAGGAAGGAAUUCGAAUUUCACAAGCCGCAGCUCAGUGUCUGACACCCAUCACCCUUAUUCUGAGUGGGAAGAACCCGUGCUACGUAGAUCAAUAUUGUGAUGUUACCAUCACUGCACAGCGAAUUGCCUGGGCCCGCUUCCAUAAUUCCGGGCAGAGCAUGGUAGCCCCUGAUUACAUCCUGUGCCAUUCGGAAGUAAAAACCCGUCUGGUCCAGGCGCUGAAAUGCUGCUUGAUGCGCUUCUACGGUUCUGAUCCCAGAGAAUCCACCAGUUUCGGCCGCAUGGUUAACGUGGAUAUCUUUAACCGUGCAAAAGACUUGUUGUGGAGAUCUGGCAAAGUGGCCUUGGGUGGACAGGUGACAGAGGCAGAGAGGUAUAUUGCUCCAACCAUACUGACAGAGGUGGACGCAUCGGACCCCAUCAUGCAACAAGAUAUUUUUGGCCCGGUUCUUCCGGUUCUCUCUGUAAACGACGUGGACGAGACGAUUGCCUUCAUCAACAAACAAGAGAAACCCCUGUGCGUGUACGUUUAUUCCAACAACAGCAAGGUGAUUUCAAGAAUCAUGACUGAAACAUCAAGUGGAAGCUUCUGUUCCAACGACAGCGUCCUGCAGAGUCUGAUAGUGACUCUGCCUUUUGGAGGAGUUGGUGCUAGUGGAUUUGGUUCCUAUCAUGGGCGAUACAGCUUUGAUACGUUCUCUCAUAGAAAGUCAUGCCUGCUAAGAACCACACACUUGGAGUGUAUCACCUCCCUGCGCUAUCCCCCCUACGAUGACCGCAAUCUGUCUCUCAUGACGUGGGCCAGCAGUCUUUCCUGGAAGAGCCAAGGCUGGUGUCAAAUCCUAUGA